UGCUAACGCACGUUCUGUUCUUGUGUUUCAGCAACUGGAGAUGUCUGAUAGUGAAGGGAGCGAAGGAGAAGAGGUCAAUUUUGAUCCUGAUGAUCUAGAAGACGAUGAAGAUGGUUUUGACGAAUUUGAAGAUGAAGAAGCUGGUCGUUCUGCUCCUAAACGACCUAGAAAUGAGUUCAUUUUGGACGAAGCUGAAGUUGACGACGACGUCGAAGACGAUGAAGACGACGAAGAAGAAGAAGGAUUUAGUGCUUUUAUCAAACAAGAUGAUGGGCGGAGUAAAAGACCAGAGAAAGAUGCUUCGGGAAUGAGAAGAAUUCAUCAGAUGCUGCAACGGGCUGAUGAAGAUGAUGAAGCUGAGAUAGAGAAAUACUAUCGAAGUAAAUAUGCUGAAACCCAAGUCAGCGAAAGAUUCCGUGACUUUGAUGAAGAAACUGAAGAAAUUUCUCAACAGAGUUUACUUCCAGGAGUCAAAGAUCCAAAUUUGUGGACUAUCAAGUGCAGGCCAGGAUCGGAGAAAGAGACAGCAAUUCAUCUCAUGAGAAAGUUCUUGACAAUGGAAAACUCAGAAUCUCCUCUUCAAAUAAAGUCUGUUGUGGUUCCGGAAGGCCUCAAAGGAUAUAUUUAUAUUGAGUCAUUUAAACAAACUCAUGUCAAACAGGCUAUUGAUGGAGUAUCAAAUCUCAAGCUUGGAUUUUGGAAACAGCAAAUGGUUCCUAUCAAUGAAAUGACUGAUGUUAUGAAAGUGGUGAAAGACAUCAUUGCCUUGCGAACAGGGGCUUGGGUCAGACUGAAACGAGGCAUAUACCGAGAUGACUUGGCAAGGGUUGAGCAAGUUGAUCCAACAAGGAGUCAGGUUAUUUUAAAGAUGAUCCCAAGAAUUGAUUACUCAAGACAGAGAGGAGUUGCAAAGUCAUCAGAGGAUCCUCAAAGGAAAAGGCAUCGGGUAAAGCCAGCUCCUAAACUUUUUGAUGAGAACAAAGUUCGAGAGAUUGGUGGGGAGAUUACUAAGGAGAGAGAUUAUUGGGUGUUUGAGGGAAAUCGAUAUAAGAAUGGUUUUAUGUACAAACCGAUGGCUAUGUCAGCUUUGGUCACAGAAGGUGUAAAGCCAUCUCUGUCUGAACUUGAAAAGUUUCAGGCAACGCCUGAAACAGCAGUAAAUGAUCUGUAUUCAAGCUCUAAAUCAGGUGGCAGUAUGCGAAGUCUGUUAACCCCUGGAGAUACUGUGAUUGUUGGUGAGGGAGAAUUGAUCAACUUGCAGGGUACUGUCAUGAAGAUGGAAGGGAAUAUUGUCACUAUUAUACCAAACCAUGAAGAUCUAAAGGAUCCAUUGGAGUUUCCUGCUCACGAGUUGAAAAAACACUUCAAAUUAGGGGACCAUGUCAAGGUUAUUAUGGGACAAAAUGAAGGGGACACGGGGCUGAUCGUUCGCAUUGAAAACAACUUGGCAGUUCUUGUCUCAGAUCUCACACUACAUGAGUUGAAAGUAAGACCAAGAGAUCUUCAGCUGUGCUCUGAAAGAAGCAGUGGAGUUGACUCAUCAGGACAUUUUCAAUUUGGCGAUCUUGUACAGUUAGAUCAACAGACUGUUGGUGUUAUUGUGAGAAUUGAACACGAAUCAUUUGUUGUUUUGAAUAUGCAUGGAAAGGUGUUAAAUGUACGACAACAAGCUGUAAACAAAAAGAACACAAGGAAUGCUGUAGCUUUGGAUUCAGAGCAGAAUAACAUUCAAGCUAAAGAUGUGGUAAAGGUCACUGAUGGACCUCACGCGGGGAGGCAAGGAGAGAUUCGUCAUAUUUACCGUAACUGGGCCUUUCUCCAGUCUAAAUCAAUGAUUGAAAAUGGUGGAAUAUUUGCUGUUAAGACUCGACAUGUUGCUUUGGCUGGUGGAUCAAGAGCUCCAAGCAGUACUCCUGCUUUUGUGGCUAAGUCUCCAAGAAUCAGCAGCCCAGCACAUCCCAGUAGUGGUGGAGGACGUGGACGAGUUGCACGAGGGAGAGGGAGACGAGACCAUGAGAUUAUUGGACAGACAGUACGUAUCUCUCAAGGGCCAUAUAAAGGUUACAUUGGGAUUGUCAAAGAUGCAACUGAAAGCACUGCACGCGUGGAAUUGCACACAAAAUGUCAGACAAUCUCUGUGGAUAGGACUAGACUGGUGACCAUUGGUGAUCAGAGAAAGACUGGUCUUGUAUCAGCCUACCAGCGAACUCCAAUGUAUAACCUUGGCAGUCAAACACCAAUGUAUGGCAGUCAAACACCUAUGUAUGGUGCUGGUGGUGGACGUACACCAAUGUAUGGCAGUCAGACACCAACUCAAGCUGAAGGAGGAAGAACUCCACAUUAUGGAUCACAAACACCCGUUCAUGAUCCAUCAAGAACUCCGUCUCAUUAUGGUGUCAGUGGGUCAAAUGCAUGGGAUCCUCGUGAGCCAAACACUCCAAAACGUCCUGAUGAGUUUGGAGACUAUGGAUUUUCCAGCUCGCCAUCUCCUCAGGGGUUUCCUAAUACCCCAAGUCCAGCCACACCAGGUGGUGGUUUUGGUGCUCCUCAGACUCCAGGAACUUAUGCUCCAGAGACCCCACAAAGUGCUAUGCCAUUUACUCCAGGCACUCCAUUGAGUGCUGGCAUGUACAGCCAUGAGCCUGCGUAUUCCCCGUACGUUCAGACACCAUCUCCAGCUUUCAAUCCUCUUACACCUGGUGGACCGAUGUCUCCUGCUACACCUGCAGGCCUUUACAAUCCCCAGACACCUGGAGCAGCUUUGGAGCAAGGAAUGAUGAUUCCAGAAUGGAUGCAACAAGAUGUUGAAGUCCAGGUAACAGAUGCAUACGAGAAUCCAGAAUAUGCGAACCAGUUGGGUGUUGUGAAGAACGUCAGUGGUGGAAUGUGUGCAAUCUACUUGUAUGAGGAAGAGCAGGAUGUCACACUGCCUGUGGACUGUUUAGGGCGAGUCGCUCCUGCUAAACAGGAUAAAGUAAAGGUGGUGGGUGGCAACUGUGAUCGAGGUUGUAUCGGAAGCCUCAUUAAUAUAGAUGGAGAGGAUGGUAUUGUGAAGAUCACCGCUACAGAGCAGUUAAGGAUUUUACCAUUACAGUACUUGGCUAAGAUCACUGUUUAGUAUUGAACGAGUUAACAAUAAAUAACUUGUAUCGAAUCUGUUGUUCACCCUCUGGAUGUACACUGUACUAAUGUCAGUUGUGUUCUCUAUUCUCUUUUCAUAAGUAGUUCUGAGGGUGUCUUCCUAGUAGUGGUAUUUGGCGUUGUUUGACACUUAAACAGGAAUAGUGAAAUCUGAUCGACUUUGUGGCUUUCUCCUCACUAAGCUCCUGUACGUGUUUUCUGCUUUCC